UUCUCCCCCUCGGUCUCAUCGAAAACCCCUCGUCCCCUCCCUAUUACUCUCCCUCCCACCUGCUCUCCCCGCCGCUCCAGAAUCGCCGCCACCUUGCUGCGCUCACCAACAGCACGCGCGCCCCCCAGAUCCCCCCCUCACGCAUUCCGCCUUCUACCGAGGCUCGUAGCUGCCAGCACGGACGAUGGCCCCUUGCGCAACUGCCGGCGUGCAGAUGCUGGCCGCGCGCCCCUGCGUCUCGGCCUCCCAGAGCAUGCUCGCCUCGAGGGCGGCCGUCUCACGGAUCGACCUGGCGCUCGGCGCUGGUAGCUUCGCGAGCUGCCCCAGAAUCUCCUGCUCCAGGUCUCUUGGUUCUUCCCGGAGCGGCGCCGUCGCCGUAAGAGCGGUGUCAGGAGAACGUAGCUCUUCCGGGCUGCCCAUCGAUCUUAGAGGGAAAAGGGCAUUUAUUGCUGGGGUUGCUGAUGAUAACGGCUAUGGCUGGGCAAUUGCGAAGGCUCUUGCCGCAGCUGGUGCUGAAAUUCUUGUUGGUACAUGGGUGCCUGCACUUAACAUAUUUGAGACAAGCCUGAGGCGGGGAAAAUUUGACGAAUCACGGAAGCUACCUGAUGGAUCUCUUAUGGAGAUUGUUAAAGUCUACCCACUGGAUGCUGUCUAUGAUUCACCGGAGGAUGUUCCUGAAGAUGUCAAAACAAACAAAAGGUAUGCAGGAUCGUCAAAUUGGACUGUGAAGGAAGCUGCCGAAUUAGUUAAGAAGGAAUAUGGCAGCAUUGACAUUCUUGUGCAUUCUCUUGCUAAUGGUCCUGAGGUUACAAAACCUUUGCUGGAAACCUCAAGAAGUGGGUAUCUUGCUGCAAUUUCGGCAUCCAGUUACUCCUUUGUUUCUUUACUUAAGCACUUCCUUCCUAUCAUGAAUCCAGGUGGUGCUAGUAUCUCGCUAACAUACAUUGCAUCUGAAAGGACAAUCCCUGGAUAUGGCGGUGGCAUGAGCUCAGCUAAAGCAGCUCUUGAGAGUGAUACAAAAGUACUUGCUUUUGAAGCUGGACGCAAAGGCAAAAUCCGAGUUAACACCAUAUCUGCAGGUCCUCUGGGAAGCAGAGCAGCCAAGGCAAUUGGAUUCAUUGAGAAGAUGAUCGAGUACUCUUAUGUCAAUGCACCAUUGCAGAAGGAGCUUCUGGCAGAUGAAGUCGGGAACACGGCAGCAUUCCUGGUGUCUCCUUUGGCUUCUGCCAUCACUGGAUCGACUGUUUACGUCGACAACGGACUGAACACCAUGGGUCUUGCGGUUGACAGCCCCACAGUAUCUUCGUUGUUGUGAUUCUAGUAGGCGGACCUAUUUUUCCCGAUUCACCGCGGCUUGAUUGUUGAAUAAGGAGCUUAGUUAGUUAGUACUGUAAGAGGCUCUUGCUAAGAGCCGAGGGCAGGAGAAAAAAGAGAAGGGGGUGGCUGUUGAAAAUGACUUUUUAAGCAGUCCAGUACCUCCUCUUUGGCCCAUUUCUAAUGUUAUCUCAAAUGUUGUUGUUGCUGAUACUGUGUUCAGUGUGGCUGGUUGGUGCCUCGACAAACUGUGUUAUAUAUAUACAUCAGAAAUUGUGUUCAAGAAAUAAAGCAGGUAUGGUUGGAUGGUUGGGAUCGUA